CUUUUUUUCUUUCAUUCUCGCGUGUAACUUCCGAACAAAACCUACUGGGAGAGAGAGAGGGAGAGAGGGUCUCUCUGAAACACACAAAUACUCGAGAACAGGCACAAACACGAACACAUUCUCUCGCACACAGACACUAACAAGGAGAACCCACUGGACACAGAAACACAAACCCAAAAUCUAGACCCAGAAAAAAAAGGUGCUUCCUUGAAAUCACUUGAUAUUCAUCCUAUCCAUUCUUCUUCCUCGUCUCUAAGAAAGAAAAAAGAGUGAGAGAUAGAGAGAAGAGUGAGAGAUCUUGUCCUCCUACAUUUGCCACUUUGUGGCGGACAAGGUAAUCUUCAAUCCCACGAAAUCCUUAACUUUUUUCUCUCUCGAAAUUCCAGAAUUUUCUCCAUAACGCUUGGAAUCGAGCUUCCUUUUUCCGCUUUUGAUCGGUACCUACAAUUGCCUAGGGUUUUGCGGAUCGUAAUCGAGCACUGGUUGAAUUGCUCAAUUUUGGACUGAAUUAGGGUUUGAUCAGAACACAGAUUGGAGAGCAAAGGAGUUUGCUUGGCGAUAGGCACGGGCUCCGAUCUUCCACGGAAUCGAAAUUAUGGAUUUGACACUACUAGGUUUCAGUUCUCGAGUUCGUAGAUUGCUUAGAAAUAAUGGUUGCCCAUUGUUGCUCUAGGCAUGGAAGAGGAUUGCACGUAUUGAAUUGUGUUUAGACAGUGAUCUAAGACUUUGGGGAAUGGAUUUUUUGGAGGACUAAGAGCUUCUGGGUUUUUGCUGUUUUGCGAGUUUGAUUUUUCAGUAGGCAAUGAUUUUGGUGUUGGGAUUUGCUUAUAAGGAGGAGGUGAUGAUUUUGUAUUGGCCCAGAAGGCAACACAGAGGUUCUGAUUGCAGUUCACUGUUUUCGUUUCUCAAGAAACCGUUUGGUUUAACAUAGUCGAGCUAAAUCAUUGACCAAAGAAGUUUUUUCAGUUUUUUCUAUCUGGGUUUUGUUGAACUAGCUUAGUGUAGUAUCACAUUUGUUGCGAUUGAGUGGGCGCUUAGUGUUAUUCUUCUAAGGUGAUUUCAGUGAUAUCUGCUUGACCCAUAUGUGCAUUUAAGCUAAAGGGGAAGAAAGGUUGGUGUGUUUUGGAAUUGGCUUUACUGGUAAGCUUAUACAGGGAUAUUGAAGCUGGAAAUGAAUGUGGGGACAUGGUGCAUGGACAAGAGCAUAGUUUCUGGUUCGUCCCCUUUACGGAACAGUGCUUUUGGAAAGUAAUUCGAACAUUUUUGUUUGUGGAAGGCGCUAGUGUAGUGUAUUCCUGGAUUUUGUGCAAUGUCUCGCUGCUUUCCGUUCCCACCACCAGGAUAUGAAAAGAAGGCUACUAGGACGGAGGAUGUGGACUUACUAAAAAAGGAAAAGGAGAGAGAAAAGAAGCAUAAAAAGGAGAAAAGAGACAAAGAGAAGAGAGAAGGUAAAGAGAAAAGAGAGAAAGAUAGAAGUGAUGGGAAGCAUAAGGAAAAGAAGGACAAGAAGGAAAAGAACAGAGAUAAAAAGAAGGAUAAGGAGAAGGACAGGGAUAAAGAUAAGGAGAAAAACAGUGCCCCGGAUGAGAAGAGACUUGUGGGACAGGCUGAGGGUCACACUGGAGAAAAACUCAUUCAGAAAGAGGAAAGGGAUAAAGGUAAAAAUAGUAUUUCAGAGAAGAGAUUUGUUGGACAGUUUCCAGGUUACAAUGCAGAGAAAAUCAGUGACAGCAGCCGUCUGGCAAAGGAGACAAUUGAUUCCAAAUUCAUGCAGGAGUUGGGCAGGAGGAUUAAAGAUGAUGACAGAGCGACUGAGAAUAAGAUGGUGGAGAAGUAUACAAAUACAGACCGAAAAAAGGAUGAGGAGAUGGCCAAAUUGUUGGCUAAAGGUACUAGCACUUGGACUGAAGGUAAGGAGAAGAACAGGAAGAAUGACGAUCGAAAGAUGGAUGGUCAAGGAAUUAGCUGUGAGGCAAGAUUCAGUGGAAAUUCAAUGGUUCAGAACCCUGUUGGGGUUUUUCAAACUAGAGUUGAAGGAAUGCUCAGACCAUUUGAGAGAAAGGUGGAAGAGAAGGAAAAGACCAAAGAAAAGGAAGGUGAUGAUAAAGGAGGGGAUAAACGCAAGGAUAAAGAUAGAGAGAAAAAGAGCCAAGGGAAGGAUAAGGACAGGGACAAAGAGAAAAAAAAGGAGAAAUCGAAGGCGAAAAUUGAUCAUAAGAACACAGAACAUGAUAGAUUAAAAGAAAGCAACAAGAGUGACCUUAUAGCUAGCCAAAAUAUUAAAACCCCACAACCUCCCAAGGACGGCAACAAGAUUGCUGCUUCCGAGGAAAAUCUCAAGAAAAGGAAGGAAGUUGAGGCAAAUGGAGUUUUACAUGCCAGUGAUGUUAGGCCCAAUAAGUUGGCAAGACCCACCUCUUCCUCCCAUAGAUUUUCGGAAAAUGGAAGGUUAAUGGAUCAUAGCCAAACUUCUAUCACGAAUACUUCAGAUAGGCAUGUAGCAGCCAGUAAUCUUAAGGUGGAUAAUAAGGAGCGCAAGAUAAAUGGCAUUAUUGAUCAGUCAUCGUCUGUCUCCUCAAAGAAGCCAAUGUUUGCCACUGCACAAGCUGAUCAGAUCGCUGAAGCAGCUGCCAAGCCACCCCAUCCAGAUUCCAAGUAUCUAAGCCAGGUAUAUACCAUACCCAAAAUGGAGGAGGGGUCUGAUUAUGAUGACCAAGAAUGGCUUUUUAGCAACAAUGGUUAUCAAUCAGAAUUGCCCAAGGUGGGAUCUUCAGGGGUUGAGGAGACACCACAGGUAUGGGCGGAAGCUAUGAGGAUAGAGUCAGCUGAUGUUUGUGCUCUGCCGUAUGUUAUUCCUUACUGAUUAAUUAUUCAAAUGCGCAUGCUUCUUCACCCCUUCACCCUCCUACUCACCUGAGCUGUGAAAUAGGACCGACCACACCUGGGGAAGGUACAGCAGCAUCUGGCCUGGCCCUUAGAGAUGAGAUGAGAUGAGAUGAGAUUUCGAUAUUCUUGGUGCAUUCUUUUGUUAUUGCACUCUAUUGCAGGGAGCAUUGUUCCGGUGAUUGCCUUUUUCUUAAACUUUGUUGGUCGGAUGAAGCGCAUCGGUCACACGCCGCCAUUGCAGGGCAAGAUUUGGAGGGCGGCUUUUGCCUCAUGGCAUCCAACUACUAAUUCAUUCAAAAUGGAAACAUAAAUUAAGGCAACCCGCACCGGCGAGGUUGCUUAGAAAGUGAGAUGUAUAAGCUUGUGCAAUUUUAUUAUAUUUUCUGAGAGCUGAGAAGCUCUUCUAAUUGAUCGAGAAUGUAAGGGAAACUAGAAGUGGUCUUUGCAACCCCGCCACAAUUUUGAUUUGUAACAUAUAACACUCUUAUUUACAAGAAAUGUGAAAUAGAGGAAAAGAAAGUAGUGGCAUUCAUUUAUUUA